AUGACAAGUCGAAAUUUAUCGACCCAAUUAAGAGCUCUUGUCGUAGAUGACAACAUGAUCAACCGAAAGAUUCAUCAAAAGAUGUUGAAUGGUUUGGGAGUGGAAUGCAUGGGAGUAGCAAAUGGAAAAGAAGCUGUAGAUGUUCAUUGUUAUGGUCAAAGCUUUGACCUCAUUCUUAUGGACAAGGAUAUGCCCAUCAUGAAUGGCAUUGAGGCAACAAAAAAGCUUCGGUCAAUGGGCAUUUGCAGCAUGAUUGUUGGUGUGUCAUCACGUUCAAUGGAAGUGGAAAUAAGAGAAUUUAUGGAAGCUGGCUUAAAUGAUUACCAUGAGAAACCAUUGACAACUGCUAAGCUUGCUUCCAUUAUUCAUCAUAUCAUCAACACCAAAUAA